AUGAAAGGUUCCAGUCUCCCCCGCUGCAUUUUCUUGGCUGUGUUUUAUCUCUUCUGGACACCUUCUGCUGGGCUGAAGACACUCCAUUUGGGAAGCUGCGUGAUCACCACAGACCUUCAGGAAAUGCAAAAUACAUUUUCUGAGAUAAGGGAGAGUGUGCAAGCCAAAGAUGAAAUCAUUGAUCUCAGAAUCUUGAGGAAGACUGAGUCUUUGCAAGACACAAAGCCUGCAGAUCAGUGCUGCCUCCUCCGCCAUAUACUGAGACUCUACCUGGAUACAGUAUUCAAAAACUAUCUGACCUCUGACCACCAUAUCCGCCGAAAGAUCAGCAGUCUCGCCAACUCUUUUCUUACUGUCAAAAAGGACCUCCGACUCUGUCAUGCCCAUAUGACAUGCCCUUGUGGGGAGGAAGCAAUGAAGAAAUACAGCCAGAUUCUGAAUCACUUUAAAGAGCUUAAGCCUCAUGAAGUGGUGGUGAAAGCUUUGGGAGAGCUAGACAUUCUCCUGCAGUGGAUGGAGAAGACGAGAUAG